GCCGAUUCGCCUCUCAAGUUUCUCAAUUCCAAAUCUAGGGUUUCUAAUUGGCGAUCCUCCUGUACUUACCGUGAAGUUCUUUCACUUGAAUUCAAUUUUAAAGGGUCUUAACUUGAUCGGGAAAGCACGAGUCUUGUUUUGGUUUCGAGCACAUCUUUAAGACCAAACAAAAGAGUUUUAAGAGGUUGCUGUAAUAAUGGACGACGGUGAGCUUGAGUUCUCAACUCACGAGCUUGAAUUCCCACCAAGCAGCUCUUCCAUGGAUUCUUUCUUGGAAGAGCUUCUUCAGGACUCUCACGCUUGUACCCACACUCACACUUGUAACCCUCCCGGACCAGAGAACACACAUACACACACAUGUCUCCAUGUCCACACCAAGAUCCUCCCUGCUCAGAGCGACGACAAAGAAACCACCGACGACACAUCCGAGUCUUCGGAGAAGAAGAGCAGCAAGAAGAGGCCUUUGGGGAACCGAGAAGCGGUUAGGAAGUACAGAGAGAAGAAGAAGGCUAAAGCUGCUUCCUUGGAGGAUGAAGUCAUGAGGCUCAGGGCUGUGAAUAAUCAGCUGAUGAAGAGGUUGCAAGGUCAAGCUGCGUUGGAAGCUGAGGUUACGAGGCUUAAGUGUUUGCUUGUGGAUAUAAGAGGAAGGAUUGAAGGAGAGAUUGGUGCGUUUCCUUAUCAGAACCCUGCGGCUGCAAACGCGAGUUUCUCGUAUAGGAUGCAGCCUUGUAAUAUGCCAUGCGAUGUUGACAACUUGUACUGUCUUCAAAAUGGGAACGGUGGAGGAGGUGCGUUGAUGAAUGGGCAAGGGAUGAAUGGUUGUGAGUUUGAGCAGCUUCAAUGCUUGGGGAAUCAGAAUGGAGCUGGCUGUAGUAAUGGAAAUGGAACAUUCAGUGUCGAUGCAACGGGCUCUAGUAAGAGAAAAGAUGGGACUAGUGCAGCUAAAGCAGUUUGAGGUAUCAUCAAUCAGUAUGGUGCUAUCUAUUUUCACAAGGCACUUGAUUUAUCAUCAAUCAGGUGGGACUAGUGCAGCUAAAGCAGUUAAUUAUUUUCCAAUAAGUAAUAGAGUUCGAUUGUGCUAUUAUCUUUUUUGUUUUUUUCUUAUGUGAUUGCAAUUCGUUGUUGAGCUUGUCGAAGCGAGAAGUAAGGCUUGUUAAUAUUCAAAUCGAAUUAUGCCAAGUGUUCUUGCCGUUUGCUUUUGCAUUUUAGUAGCUUCUUUCUUUCUUUAAGCUCUUAUGGAGAGUGAUCUCUGGGCAGUCUAUGUUAAUUGAAUAAAGAUUUAAUGAUUCUUCAAUCA